AUCGGAUACCAUCGAAACGACUACCACAGAGACAGACCGAUCUAGACAUUGAAGAGCUUUUACUACGUAGUUGUACUUGCACAAAUAAACGACCAAUCACUUUUACUAUCUCUUUCUUCGACUGCCGAUUGAAGUUUGAGUUACAACAUAUCACGUCUGCUCGAGAUUGAAACAACUGUUGCAAAAAAUCGAAAAUGGUUGUCGCUAUGAAAAAGAAGAAGUUGAAGCGAAAGGCGGCCAGCGGUGUGGAGGAAACAGCAGCGGCCGCCAGCGCACCUGCAACUUCUACCGCUUCUGUCGUCGAGGACAAUAGAGCAGCGAAAAAGGCUAAGGUGGAUACUACUACAGAAGUAGAAGAUGCAGCAUCGGCUACAGCAGCGCCAUCUUCCCUUUCUAUGAAGAAAUUGAAGAAAAAGGUGAUGAAAAAGGUUGUGCAAACGCGCAACGUGGUCGUGGUCUCUCCAACAAAAAGCGACGCUACAAAUUCGAAUUCCUCCGAGGAAAUAAAUGCAACCUCCCAGCCGGUAGAAGAAGCUGCGGAGGAAGAGGAAGACGAUGACGAGGCAGAAAUCAACUAUCAAAAGGAAAAAUCCCUCCUCCCCAUAUCAAAACGAAGUUUCUGAUGCUGGAUUUGCGUACUCAAAUCAGAUCUGUCUUGCUGGCGAGGACUGCAGGCUCCUGCCCAGCCUGAGUAGAGAGCUUUUGGCCUAGGUGCUUAGCAUGAGAAACAUCUAUGCUGUAGGCCCAACAGCAUGACAAACCGCCUGCAUAGUGCGGCAGAGCCUGCGGAGUUGUCUUCUUGCAAGACAGACUUGAUUUGGGGUCUCAAAUCAGCAAGACAAAUUUUCGGAAACAUACCUUUUCGAUAUGGGGAGGGGGGAUUUUUCCAUUCGAUAUCAACAACGCAGAGACAACUACGACAGCAUCAAUAUGGAUUGCAAAAAUGUCUGGGUCUGGAAGAAUGCAACUUGUGAUGCGCAUUUCAGAACACAGAAAAAUCUCUCAUGCAUAGGUAGCAAAAGCUGCCCGCUUUCUGUCACCAAAAUGGGGGACUUGUCAUGCGGAUUCGGCAUUGCGGAAGCUUCUCGAAACCUGUGAUGCUAGAGCUUCCAUGCCAGACCUUCUGUGUCAUGCAAAAACAGCAUGACUCUUCCAGACCCAGACAUUUUUACAUUUGAUAAUCAAAACCGCAAGACGAUCUGCAGGUUGCUCAGAAGGAAAAAACGAUUUCUUCUAGCAGCUCCUCGUCCUCUGCCGCAGUUGCUAGUAAUAUUUCCACCACGGAACAACAACCAGCCGCGAGUUCGAAACCUACAACAACUGCAUCGAAAAUUGAGCAGACGAAGGCGGAGGUUACGACCGACUUGACCUUCGCCAGCCUCGGGUUGCACGAAAAUUUGGUAAAGGGGUUGGAUGAGGCAGGGUUUACGAAGAUGUUCGAAAUCCAACGCCGGUCGAUUCCGCCACUGCUUCGGGGGGAGGACGUCCUGGGGGCGGCGAAAACGGGAAGUGGAAAAACGCUCGCGUUCCUCGUGCCCAUGAUCGACAACUUGGUGCAAAUCAAGUUCUUGCAGGUAUGAAAUCUGUUCUGUUCAUCUUCCAUGAUGUGUAUCGUCCAUACGAAUAUUUUUGUUCUUUUCAAAAUUCUUCUUUUCCUGCCGUGCAAAAACUACAGCAUGGAAGAAAAGCAGCACCACGGCCACCAAUCCAAAGUUGAUUUCUUGAAAAAAAAUUAUCAGCGCAACGGCACCGGCGUGCUCGUAAUCGCCCCGACGCGCGAGCUCGCGGACCAGAUCUACGGGGUGUGCCGGGAAAUCUGCAAGCACAUUUCGCAAACGCACGGGGUCGUCCUGGGGGGCAUGAACCGGCGGGAGGAGGCGAAGCGCCUGGAAAAGGGGGUCUCCGUGCUGGUCGCGACGCCCGGGCGGCUGUUGGACCACAUGCAGAACACGAAGGGGUUUGUCUACCACAAUUUGUGCUCGUUGGUGUUGGACGAAGCCGACCGAAUCCUGGAGAUCGGGUUCGAAGAGGAACUGAAGGCGAUCUGCAGACUCUUGCCGCAGAAGAGGCAAACCGCACUUUUCUCCGCAACGCAAACGAAAAAGGUACAAGUUUUACAACCUACGUCAUAAAUUUUUUAUCCCUGGGUGUUGCUUGCAGGUGCCUAGAAUAAACGACUGUACUAUUGCUUGCGGCCUAAAAAGAUAUAUCAAGACUCUCCCAACUACAGGUCGCCGACCUGGUUCGCCUGUCGAUGAAGCGACCGGUAUUCGUGGAAGUGAAGGGCGAGUCGGACGUCGCCACGCGUGCGGGCCUGGAGCAGGGCUACGUCCUCUGCCCGGCGGACCGCCGGUUUCUGUUGCUGUUCACCUUUUUGAAGAAGGAAAAGAAGAAGAAAAUCAUGGUUUUCAUGUCCAGUAAGCACGCCGUGAAGUUCUACCACGACCUGCUAAACUACAUUGACUAUGAACUGCAAAAGCAUCGUACUAGUAUAAAUUGCAAUACAAAUUAGCUCAGCAUUUUACAAAUUAAAUUUGUGAUGCGGAUUUGCCUUAACAAAAAGAUUUGUAAUGGAUAAAAGCAAUUAGUACGAGUACGAUACUUUUGCACAGGAUAUUGAUCUCCCCGUGGACUGCAUCCACGGCGACAAGAAGCAGUCCGCGCGACAGUUAUGCAGUGCAACUAUGUCUGGGUCUGGAAGGAUGUAAGGUCUGUCAUGCUUGUCUGGCACGACUGAAAAGUCUGUGAUGCGUGUCCAAGAAGAUACCCUUUCGCUUGUCAUGCAAAAACACAGUUUGUCAUGCGGAAAACGCAACUACACUAAGCCCCGCAAAUAGUUCUCAUGCUUCGCUGUGCAUUUUACAGAGCAUUCAAUAAUUCACACCUCAGCAUUCUUACAAGUUUCCAGACCAAGACAUAUUUGCAAUGCAUAACAGUCGGUGUUCCACCAAUUCUCCACUGCUGAAACGGGGGUGCUGAUCUGUACCGACGUGGCGGCGCGUGGGUUAGACAUCCCGAAAGUCGAUUGGAUCGUGCAGUAUUGGAAGACUUGUUUUUUAUUUUUUUGCGACAUAGAUUUGUAAUUUGCGUCUCUUGUGCAUGGUACGAAGGCUUUGACCGCACAACAAGAACAAGCAAAGUGUUAGUACUCAGCAUGACAAACACCUUAUAAUUUCACCUCUUCCCAGGUACGACCCGCCAGAUGACCCUCGGGAGUACAUUCACCGGGUCGGACGAACCGCCCGCGGCGCCACCGGCACCGGAAAAGCGCUUUUGUUUCUUCUCCCAGAGGAGCUGGGGUUCCUCCGGUAUUUGAAGAAGUCAAACGUGACACCGAACGAGUACACGUUUCCGGAGAACAAGGUGGCCAACAUCCAGACCCAACUGGAGCGGUUGAUUGAAAAGAACUACCACCUGCACCGGGGCAGCCGGGACGCGUACCGGAGCUACAUUCACGCCUACGCGGCGCACAGCCUGAAGGACUGCUUCGAGGUGCAGAAGCUGGAUCUGCAGAAGGUCGCAAAGUCCUUCGGAUUCGACUCCCCGCCCAAGGUCGAGUUGGGGAUCAAGCACCGUGCGAAAACAACGAGCAAAACGGCGAAAAACGCGAGCGGCCACGCCUUCUCCGCGGAAAACCCCUACGGGAAAAGACAGGCCAGUGACAAACGCCAGUUCAUGCAUUGAUAAAAAACUGAAGAGGAAAAAUAGUGACUCACAUUUUGACUGCUCUUGAAGGAGGGAGGUAUAAUGAUAUUGCGCAUAAUGUUGACCACGAUAGAGAACAAUUCACAACGUCGUGAAAUGAAGUACGAG